GCGGCGGCGGCGGCGUUUGAGUGGAGGAAGAUGGCGGCUCCGGGCAGCUCGGGGUCCCACCAGCUGUGACGACCCCCCGGGCGCGUCUAGCGUGGCCUGAGGCAGAGCGCCUCUGCUCUGGCCCUGUCCCUGGCUCUCUCAUCACCGUGGCCAGCGGAGCGAACUGGAGAGCGUGUGGAGCGGGCUGGGCCAGCUGUCGAGUGGAAUGUCAUGGCCAGCUCCUCGGACAGUGAAGAUGACAGUUUCAUGGCUGUGGAUCACGAAGAAAUUGUGCUGGAAGGGACAAUGGAGCAAGAUGAGGAGCCCCACCCAGUACUGGAGGUUGAGGAGGCUAGACAUAAUAGGUCUAUGUCAGAGCUGCCGGAAGAGGUUUUGGAGUAUAUCCUGUCCUUUCUCUCACCAUAUCAGGAACACAAAACUGCAGCUCUUGUCUGUAAACAGUGGUAUCGACUUAUCAAAGGUGUAGCCCACCAGUGUUAUCACGGUUUCAUGAAGGCUGUCCAGGAGGGAAACAUUCAGUGGGAGAGCCGAACCUACCCUUAUCCCGGAACUCCAAUCACUCAGAGGUUCUCACACAGUGCAUGCUAUUAUGAUGCUAAUCAGUCUAUGUACGUAUUUGGAGGCUGUACUCAGAGCAGCUGCAAUGCUGCCUUCAAUGACCUCUGGAGACUUGACCUAAAUAGCAAAGAGUGGAUCAGACCUUUGGCUUCAGGGUCCUAUCCUUCCCCCAAAGCUGGAGCGACUCUGGUGGUGUACAAAGACUUGCUAGUGCUGUUUGGUGGCUGGACACGGCCAAGCCCUUAUCCCCUACACCAACCAGAGAGAUUCUUCGAUGAAAUACACACUUACUCACCCUCUAAAAAUUGGUGGAACUGCAUUGUGACAACGCAUGGGCCACCUCCCAUGGCUGGCCAUUCCUCCUGUGUGAUAGAUGAUAAAAUGAUUGUCUUUGGUGGUUCUUUAGGAUCCCGGCAAAUGAGCAAUGAUGUCUGGGUCCUUGACCUUGAGCAGUGGGCGUGGUCCAAGCCAAACAUCUCCGGUCCCAGUCCUCAUCCUCGAGGUGGCCAAUCUCAGAUUGUCAUAGAUGAUGCAACUAUCUUAAUCCUUGGAGGGUGUGGCGGUCCCAAUGCUCUGUUCAAAGACGCUUGGUUGUUGCACAUGCACUCAGGUCCCUGGGCCUGGCAGCCACUCAAGGUAGAACAUGAAGACCAUGGGGCCCCUGAACUGUGGUGCCAUCCAGCUUGCCGGGUGGGACAGUGCGUGGUAGUCUUCAGCCAGGCUCCUAGUGGGAGAGCCCCACUCAGCCCCAGUUUGAACUCUCGCCCAUCACCUAUUAGUGCCACUCCUCCAGCCCUGGUUCCUGAAACCCGAGAGUACCGCUCUCAGUCUCCAGUAAGAAGUAUGGAUGAAGCUCCUUGUGUUAACGGCCGCUGGGGAACACUGAGGCCCAGGGCUCAAAGGCAAACUCCCUCAGGUUCCCGGGAAGGGAGCCUUUCCCCAGCCAGAGGAGAUGGCUCUCCAAUCCUCAAUGGUGGGAGUUUAUCACCAGGAGCAGCAGCUGUCGGUGGCUCUUCCUUGGACAGCCCUGUACAGGCCAUAUCUCCGAGCACUCCAUCUGCUGCUGAAGGAUAUGACCUAAAAAUGGGACUUUCUUUGGCCCCCCGACGAGGUUCACUACCAGAUCAGAAAGAUCUGAGAUUAGGAUCAAUAGAUGUGAAUUGGGAUCUGAAACCUGCUUCUAGUAGCAAUCAUAUGGAUGGCGUGGACAACAGGACAGUUGGAGGAAGUUUGAGACACCCUCCUGAACAGACGAAUGGUGUACAUACCCCACCACACGUGGCCAGUGCUCUUGCAGGGGCCGUCUCCCCUGGUGCCCUGCGUCGGAGUCUGGAAGCCAUCAAAGCAAUACCCUCCAAAGGCCCCUCGGCCUCUGCAGCACUAAGUCCUCCUCUUGGGUCUUCUCCAGGCUCCCCUGGGAGCCAGAGCCUGAGCAGUGGAGAAACAGUGCCCAUCCCCCGCCCAGGGCCUGCCCAAGGAGAUGGACAUUCCUUACCUCCCAUUGCCCGCCGACUAGGCCACCACCCUCCCCAGUCCCUAAAUGUUGGCAAACCCCUGUACCAGAGUAUGAACUGCAAGCCCAUGCAGAUGUAUGUGCUGGACAUUAAAGACACCAAGGAGAAGGGGCGGGUCAAAUGGAAAGUAUUUAAUAGCAGUUCUGUGGUUGGACCUCCUGAAACCAGCCUGCAUACAGUGGUACAAGGCAGGGGUGAACUCAUUAUAUUUGGAGGACUCAUGGACAAGAAACAGAAUGUGAAGUACUAUCCAAAAACAAACGCCUUGUACUUUGUGCGAGCAAAGAGAUAAUGUGUUCUAAACCCCUUUCCCUUUCUUUGGCUUUUAAUUUGGAAUUUUCCAGAGUGCGAGCAUUUGGACUGAGAAUUGGGAAAAAAACAAAAUUACUCCCAUAAACCGAAAUACCAGUUCCCAACCUAACUCACUCCAGGCUGGGAUCAAGUCUCCAUUAAGAAAAAAAUUAUAUAUAUAAAAAAAGUAUAUAUAUAUAUAUAUAUAUAUAUAUAUAUAUUAUAUAGCCAACUCUGUUUACAAAAAGGGAGAGAUCUCCGUCCUGGUUCAGAUAAAGUUGUUGCUGUGUUUUA